GUCGGAAAACCCUAGCUAGCCUCUUGUUUCCACAAAAUCUAUAACAUCCUUAUACUAUUUGUAUAAUAUCGAGCAUCAACGUCAAGUGUUGAAGAACUGAUAUAUACUUUACGAAAGCAAACGCAAGUACUUUUAAGUACAAACGACCAAAGAUAUAAUAUGAAGAAGACAAUUUUGAAGUUAAUGACCCUCGUUUUAGGGUUUUUCUUUCUCAUUUAUCUUCUUCAAGGGCCUCGAGGCGGGUCGAAAAAUGGAGAUCUCUUGAUAGCACGGAAGUUAAUAGCUCUGGAACCGAUUGAAACAAAAAAUGUAGCGAGAUCGUUGGAAGAUUCAAUAUCGACAGAUUUAGAGAGAGAGGUUGAUCAUCUGAUGCAGCACGAAUAUCCUUCACCGGUAAAGCCGAGGAAAAGAACUCCAGUUCACAAUGGCGUGCCUAUUAAUACUGGUCACUAAUUGACCCCCUUCUUGUUUUAUUGUUCCUUCAAUUAGUAGUUUAAUAAGUUUGUUAAAAUCAUAAAAUGGACGUAUCAUGUAAUGCUGAAUAUUAGUAUGUUUACUUAUAUAAAAACUUUA